AUGUCAAAUCCACAAGAAGAUGUAUACAAACAAUACUUAAAUUAUGAUUGGGCCUCAAACACAGAAUUUCAACAAGGUCUAUCAGAAAUCCUCGAGUCUUACAAAGAAACCCUAAAAGAGCAAGAUCCACAAGCAACAAUAUCAUCACUAGAUCAAACUCAACUAAUAAACCAAGCAAAAUCAUUCUUUUUUUGUCAACAAACGGGUCAUAUUUUGAAUUUAGAAGAUUUUCAAGAUUGGAAACUACAUAAUGGUGAUAAGUUUAGUAAAAAUAAUAAAAUUGAAGAAAUUCUGGAUGUUUCUGUAAAAGAUGAUCCUCCAUAUUCAUCAAAUUAUCAAGAAUUAGCUGAAUUAAUCAUGUCGGGAAAACCAGUGCCUGGAAUUAAAGAAAUACCAGAUACUGUAUUAAAAGAUCAGGGAUCUGAAUCUAAUAAGGAACAAAGAGUCAAACCUUGGGAGAAAUCAAAAGAUGAUGGAGAAAAAGAAGAAAAAGUAAAAGAAAUAGAAGCAGAUAACGAAAAUAAUGUAUAA